AUUUUAACCAAAGAUUUAAACCAUGGACCAUUAUACAAGAAAAAUAUGUGAUCAUGGCAUGAACCAAUAACUUCUUGGCAAGAAGACUAAAUCAGGAGGAUAGCAGACCAUGGCCCAAAGAACCAUGGCCUGUGCAAAUGGCAACACCGCAUAUAGAAGAUUUUAACCUAAAAACAUUAAAUAAAUACAAGAAGUCUUCUUCAUUAAAAAUAUUCUGUUAUGAAACUAGUUUCAACAAUAUUUAAAUAUUUAGAAAAACGAAGCUUAUACACUACUUCAACAAUGGCAAAAAGUAAGUUUGAAUACGUAAAAAAUUUUGAAUGUGAUGAGAACCUGUUGCCAAAUUGUUGGAUUGUUGUUAGAGUGGAUGGAAAAUCCUUUCAUAAAUUCACCACUAAACACAGUUUUAAAAAACCCAAUGAUAGUCAAGCUUUAUGGCUAAUGAAUAAAGCAGCAAGUGUUGUUAUGGAUGAAUUUAAAGAUAUUUUAUUAUCUUAUGGACAAAGCGAUGAAUAUUCUUUUGUAUUAAGAAAAGAUUCUAUGUUAUACAACAGAAGGAAAACCAAGAUUAUGACUUAUAUAAACAGUUUGUUUUCUUCUGCAUAUGUCUUUUUUUGGAAUGAAUACUUCCCUGAUGUUAAAUUAAAGUACCCUCCAUCAUUUGAUUCUCGAGUGGUGCUAUAUCCAUCUGAUGAAAAUUUGAGAGAUUAUUUAAGCUGGAGACAAGCUGAUUGUCAUAUAAACAACCUCUAUAAUACAGUAUUUUGGGCUCUUGUUCAAAAAGGACAUCUUACAAAUACAGAAGCUGAACAGAGAUUAUGUGGCACAUUUUCAAGCGACAAAAAUGAAAUUUUGUUUACUGAAUUUAAUACAAACUACAAUAAUGAACCACUUAUGUACAGAAAAGGGACAAUUUUAAUAAGAAAAAAAAUUAAAAGCCCCAAAAGUGGUAAAAACAAGAUAAUAAUUUUACCUUUACAUGAGGAUUUAAUACAAGAUCAAUUCUGGAAAAAAAAUUUCGAAAUUUUAGAAAUUCAGGCAACUCAGUUUUAUGAUUGGCCACCAGAACUAGAAAUUCCUGAGUUUGUUAAAAAACAAUUUAAAAUUGAAACCAACUGAAAAAUGUUAAUAACGUUAUGUUUUAAUAUAAAUUUUUAUGAUA